AUGGACGUAAGAUUUUAUUCGCCACCUCCUCAGCCUGCAGCCGCUCCUGAUACGCCUUGUUUGGGACCUUCCCCCUGCCUGGACCCCUACUAUUGCAACAAGUUUGACGGUGAGAACAUGUACAUGAGUAUGACAGAGCCGAGCCAGGACUAUGUGCCAGCCAGCCAGUCCUUUCCUGGCCCAAGUCUUGAAAGCGAAGAUUUCAACAUACCUCCUAUAACUCCUCCAUCAUUGCCUGACCACUCCCUGGUGCACUUGAAUGAGAUAGAGUCUGGGUACCACUCUCUGUGUCAUCCCAUGAACCACAAUGGCCUCCUUCCAUUCCACCCACAAAAUAUGGAUCUACCUGAAAUUACAGUUUCCAACAUGCUUGGCCAGGAUGGGACACUGCUUUCCAAUUCACUCUCUCUGAUGCAAGAUUUACGGAAUACAGAAGGAGCCCAGUAUAGUUCCCAUCCUCAGAUGGCAACCAUGAGGCCAAGGGUUCAACCUGCAGAUAUUAGGCAGCCAGGAAUGAUGCAGCACGGGCAGCUGACUACUAUUAACCAGUCCCAGCUCAGUGCACAGCUUGGUUUGAAUAUGGGUGGAAACAGUGUUCCUCACAACUCGCCCUCUCCACCUGGAAGCAAAUCUGCAACUCCUUCACCAUCCAGUUCAGUCCAUGAAGAUGAAGGAGAAGAUAGCUCUAAGGUCAAUGGUGGAGAGAAGAGACCCGCUUCAGAUAUGGGAAAGAAACCCAAAACUCCCAAAAAGAAGAAGAAGAAGGACCCAAAUGAGCCACAGAAGCCUGUGUCUGCCUAUGCAUUAUUCUUUCGAGACACUCAAGCAGCCAUCAAGGGCCAAAACCCCAAUGCUACUUUUGGUGAAGUCUCUAAAAUUGUAGCCUCAAUGUGGGACGGCUUAGGAGAAGAACAAAAACAGGUGUACAAAAAGAAAACUGAAGCUGCCAAGAAGGAAUAUCUGAAGCAGUUAGCUGCCUACAGAGCAAGCCUUGUAUCCAAGAGCUACAGUGAACCUGUGGAUGUGAAAGCCUCCCCACAACCUCAGAUGAUGAAUUCAAAGCAGUCAGUGUUCCAUGGCCCCACCCAGGCUCACUCUGCACUGUACCUCGGUUCCCACUACCACCAACAACCAGGGAUGAAUCCUCACAUUACUGCCAUGCAUGCCAAUAUCCCCAGGAACAUAGCACCCAAGCCCAACAACCAAAUGCCAGUGACUGUUUCCAUAGCAAACAUGGCUGUGUCCCCACCACCUCCUCUUCAGAUCAGCCCCCCUCUGCACCAGCAUCUCAACAUCCAGCAGCACCAACCCAUCUCAAUGCAGCAGUCCCUUGGGAACCAGCUACCCAUGCAGGUCCAGUCUGCUUUACAUUCACCUACGAUGCAGCAAGGAUUUACUCUUCAGCCUGAUUAUCAGAAUAUCAUCAACCCAACAUCAACAGCUGCACAAGUUGUUACCCAAGCAAUGGAGUAUGUUCGUUCAGGGUGCAGAAAUCCUCCAGCACAGACUGUGGACUGGAAUAAUGAUUACUGCAGUAAUGGGGGCAUGCAGAGGGACAAAGCACUCUACCUUACCUGA